AUGGGAGAAUCUACAAAGUCGCCGAUGUCGGCCUCAAAAUAUUAUAGAAUUCUAGAAAUCUCAAAAUCGGCAUCUCUCACAGACAUUUGCAAAGCUUAUAAACAUCUUGUUAAGAAAUGGCAUCCUGAUAGAAAUAAAUCCAAUCAAGCUGAAGCAGUAGAAAAGUUUCGAUCUAUUAAUGAAGCCUAUAGGGUUCUCAGCAAGAAAAAAAGAGAGGAAGCAGACUUAUUUAAAAAUGAUGCAACAAAAACACCCAGAAAAAAUUCGAAGGUGCAAGAAAAAGGUGAGGAGGAGGAUGAGUUACAAAUUUCAAGCCCCACACUCCUUUCAAGAACAACGAGUCGAAUCAGCCCAACGGUAGAUUUUUACACGUCUAUGCCAUCAUAUUUUUCGAUGAGUGGAACCAAUACUCCCACAACCCCAGGCACUCCAGUAUCAGAUCAACCUCCUAAUUACCUUUCCAAAAUUGCUAGCAAGCCUAUCAUUUUUUCUCAGUCUAUUUCCAGGAGAAAGCUUCAACCAAUUAAGAAAAAGUUGGAUUGUACCCUUGAGGAAUUGUGCAACGGAUGCAUCAAGAAGGUCAUAAUAACAAGAGAUGUCGUUGCAACAACAGGGCUAAUUGUUAAAGAAGAAGAAGUUGUAACAAUAAUGGUGAAGCCAGGAUGGAAGAGAGGAACAAAAAUUACAUUUGAAGGUAAGGGGGAUGAGAGAACAGGAUCUCUUGGAGCAGAUAUAAUAUUCUCAAUUGAUGAGAAAACGCAUCCACUUUUCAAAAGAGAAGGAGAUGACUUAGUUCUUGGAGUUGAAAUCCCUCUAGUACAGGCUCUCACAGGAUGUACAAUCACUGUACCACUUCUGGGUGUAGACGAAGUUAGGACUAUGUCAUUUGAUGAUGAAAUCAUUCAUCCAGGAUAUGAGAAAGUUAUACCCGGCCAAGGCAUGCCUAGACCUAAACAGGAAAGUAGAAGUAGAGGAGAUCUUGUGCUUCAGUUUCUAAUCGAAUUUCCUUUAGAUUUAAGUGAGGAACAGAAGUCUGAGGUUGUUAGUAUACUUGAGAAUCAUUGA